CCCUGCGAACCGGUGGCUAUUCCUUCUCAUUCAUAAAAGCUAAAUGUUUUGAUUUAGCUUUAGUCGCCUCUCUUCACACGAAUUCAAUUCUAGCCGGCUUCAGUGGGAGUGGUUGGUGAGUGUAGCAGUUUGACAACAUAAUUUGAAGAGAAGGAUGCCUUCUUACGAGCUGUCCAUCUUGAUGCGGAAGCUGGGACAGCCAGAGACAGCUAAUGUUUUGAAGAGAGCAGCUCUUAACAUUUUCAAAAAUAAGGGUGUCUUGUUUGGAAUUGAAAAUUUGGGCACAAGAACACUCCCACAUAAAAUAGCGUCUUUCGGGAAACGCUACACAGAGGGGAGUCAUUUCUUGAUGAGAUUGGAUCUGCCGGCUUCAUCUGUCGAAUUGCUAUAUGACGAAUAUGAACGAGACACUGACAUCCUUGUCGCUGGGUUUGUUCGAGAAAAACCAAUAGAAACCAAGGAUUGUACUCUACAUGAUGAACUAUUACCUCCAGCAUAUCGGGAAGAUGUCAAGAAAAUGAUUGAACAAGGGAGGAAGAAAGAACGCAAAUUUCGCCUCAAUACUGGACUAUCAUACAAUCCCUUCAAUCGCUGAAAAAAGCUGUAUAGCUUAGCUAAUAAUAUCAAUAAUGCCUAGCAUUUAUUUACUUUGUUACUUUAGGCAUUUCGUAGGAGUUUUUUUGUACGCCUGAUUGUGAUAAAGUCAGUCAUGAGUCAGCCGUCAGUUGGGAUACAAUAAAUCCAAAAUAAAACGCAACUAGAAACUUGCA